GCAAGCCGAACCGGGCUGAGGGCGGCGCCGCGGGCGGGGGCGAUGGGGCCUGGCUGCCGGGCGGCGGCGGCGGCGGCGGUGGUGGGGCUCGCCUAGACGCGGGGGCGCGGGGAGGCGAGGGGCGAGCGGGCGCUGCGGCCCGCCCGGGAUGGGCCAAGCCCGGCCUGGCGGGGCCGAGCGGGAGCCGAGGAAGGCACGCGGGCCGGGCCUGCGAGCCAGGGGGCCGGGGGGCUGAGGUUGAAGUGGGCGCGGAGGAAGGGGCUGGGCGAGGCGGUGGGAGGAGCGGAGAGGGGGCGGAGGCUGAGCGGCGAGAAAGCGGCGCCUGGCCCGAGGCGGCGACGCGGGAGCAGGCUGAGGCGGCGGCCGGGACGAGCGCCCGGAGGUGGCGGCCGCGGCCCCAUGGGCGGGUGCGUGGGCGCCCAGCACGACUCCUCGGGCAGCCUCAACGAGAACUCGGACGGCACGGGAGUUGCUCUAGGUCGUAACCAGCCUUUGAAAAAGGAGAAACCAAAAUGGAAAAGCGACUAUCCCAUGACAGAUGGACAACUGCGCAGCAAGAGGGAUGAAUUCUGGGACACUGCACCAGCUUUUGAAGGCCGGAAAGAGAUCUGGGAUGCCUUGAAGGCUGCUGCACAUGCUUUUGAAAGCAAUGAUCAUGAACUGGCACAGGCAAUCAUUGAUGGUGCAAACAUAACACUACCACACGGUGCACUGACAGAGUGCUACGAUGAGCUGGGGAACCGGUACCAGCUGCCAGUCUAUUGCCUGGCACCACCAAUCAACAUGAUAGAGGAAAAGAGUGACAUAGAGACUCUGGACAUUCCUGAGCCACCUCCCAAUUCUGGACACGAAUCUCAGCUCCGUCUGCGGCUCUCCACAGGCAAAGACCUCAAGCUUGUGGUCCGCAGCACAGACACAGUGUUUCACAUGAAGAGGCGCUUACAUGCCACAGAAGGUGUGGAGCCAGGCAGCCAACGGUGGUUCUUCUCUGGCAGGCCUCUCACUGAUAAGAUGAAGCUGGAGGAGCUGAAGAUCCCCAAGGACUAUGUGGUGCAGGUUAUAGUGAGCCAGCCUGUGCAAAACCCAACACCAGUGGAGAACUGAGCUGGGCUUGCCUUCUUCCAAGAUCCCUUGGCUCCUUUUUAUUGUUACCAUUUCCUACUCUAAGGCGUGAAAUUUAUUUUCACUGCUCUGAAUUCCCUAUGAAUGGAUUUAGUUCUGAGGAAUUACCAGUGAAAAAUUCCAUCUGUGAUGGAGACCAACAAAAAUAAUAAAAACACACAGAGCCAGCCUCUGGUACUCUUAUAAUUACAA